AUGGCGGCUUUGCAAACUCUGGUUUGCGUUAUAGCCGGAGUAUUCUUCCGGCUUUGGCUUUACAGAUCAUUUCUCCCAGAAUGGCUUUCAACGAGAGCAGAAAUUGUGACACCGAUGACCUCAUGGGAGAGAGCAAUGGAAGGCUUGUCUCUGAAGCAGAGUUUUAUUUCUCCAUAUUCAGGAGACCUUUUUCAUGAGACACCUUUGAUGCUGAGGUUAUUGGGCUUCAUGAGCAAGUUUUCACAAAACAACAUCAAUUUGAUGUUUGUGGCCUUUGAUUUGGUGUGUGCUAUCCUGCUGUUGAAAAUUACAAGGAUGUUCGGAGGAUAUUUGUUAAUGCAUCAGGCCCAUAAUGUCAAGAACUAUGCUACUGAUGUAGAUAGCCUUAUUCUGCGAACAGAGGACCUACAAUCUGUCCAGCUGUUUGUCACAAUAGCUCAUGCUUUCAAUCCAUACUGUAUAGCAGCCUGCCUUGCCAGGUCUACAGGCAUUUUCAACAACAUGGCAAUCCUGUUUACCAUGUACUUCUUACUGAAGGGUAACAAAAUUAUGUGUGGAUGUUUUUUGGCAUUAGCUUCCUACCUCACAAUGUAUCCCAUCAUCCUUUUGGCUCCAGUGGCUAUUUACUUUUACAAGCAUUCCAAGCCUGCCAGUGAGACUUACUGUGAUCGCCAGGCCCUGUUCAGCUAUUCUCAGAUCAGUUUCAUCACACUGACUUGGUUAGCAGCAUUUAUCGGUGUGUCAGCUUACCUAGAACAAUCCUGGGAUUUCCUGUACUCAACCUAUGGUUUUACAUUGACUGUGCCGGAUCUGACACCAAAUCUGGGGGUUUUCUGGUAUUUUUUUACCGAGAUGUUUGAGCAUUUCCGCACUUUCUUCAUCUUUGUAUUUCAAAUCAAUGUCAUCAUCUACACCGUUCCACUCUCUGUCAAACUCAGAGAACAUCCACUUUUUCUGCUGUACCUCCUAAUCUUCCUGAUUGGAAUAUUUAAAUCCUAUCCCAGUUUUGCUGAUGUGGGACUCUUUCUGUGUUUACUACCUUUAUGGAAACAUGUGUUCUCAUAUAUGCGUAAUACAUUUGUAGUGACAUGCAUGUUCAUCUGUACGACGGUGUUUGCGCCGAUCCUUCAUCAUCUAUGGUUAUAUGCUGGAAGCGCUAAUGCUAACUUCUACUUUGCCAUUGCUUUAGUGUUCUCAACAGCCGAGAUAUUCCUAGUCACAGACCUUCUUUUUGCAUUUCUGCGUCGAGAGUAUGACAUUCAUCACGGUAAAAAACACAUAAUGCCUGACGGUUCACAGGGACAAGUGAUACUGGACUAAGACACACUGCUGGGACACUGUCAUGUUUAUUUAUAGAGAUGAGAGAGCUCUUGUAAACAAAAUGUAGAGAAGAAGCUGAUACUGGCACAAAAUAAAGAUCGUGAUCUUUUGAAUUAUGAAAGUUUUGAGAAAAUCUUACGAGGCUUUUAUCAAUAACUGCAGAUGGUCCUGAUUUGUACCUGAAUUGUUACAUUUAAAAGAUAACAUAUUGGUUUGUUUGCUGUUGGUUUGUAUGUGUAAAUGAAAGCAGUUCUAGACUUAAUGUGUCUGUUUAGCAUCAGACCACUUUCUUGUACGUGUGUGUCAAUUUUCAAUCGGCUGGAACUGUUUGACGAGAAUUCAAAUUUGUGAAACAGUGUGAGAUAUGCUGAUAUUAUUACUGACAGACUUUUCUGAAGGUUUCAAGACCUGUAUCAGUAUUUAAUGGUCUGAACGGGUUUACCUCAGAUGUUGUUAGGUUUUAAAAUACAACAAAACUGUUAAGAUCUUUUUGCAGAAUUGAAAGAUUAUCGUUAUUGCACCUGUAAGAUGAGAUGUAUUUAAUCAGUUGAACAAUUAACAUGACAGGACAACAGUUUUCCUUGUCAGCAAAUUUGUUUUCUGACAUAACCAUACUGAUGACUCCCUUCAUAAGUGUCUCGCUGUGUGCUACUUUCAUUACUGAAGUGGAACUGUUAGUGUUAUCACAGUAACCGUUUAGAUAGAAAAAACAUUAUAAAAAUCAGGAGAUCAUAACAGAAAUCACCUGCAGCUAUACCAUGUAACAAUAUCACUGCUGUUAUAUAUUGAUAGAUUUAAUUGAAAUACACAAGGUCAACUUUGUUAAAAGAAUUAUCUUCAUUAUGGAGAAAAGCAAUGAAUCGGGCAUGAUAUUUUUAGAGCAUUUAGUGUGAAUAGGUGUAGAUCUUUAUAUCAAAAUGAUAUUGUUUUUGAAAGAGUUAUGUAAAAAUGCACAGUUUUUCAAUGUGUUCUUUAUAGAAAAUUGAUUGGAUUGUGGAAAAAAGUGAUAGUCCUGUCAGAGAUUGCCAAUCUGUCUGUAAGAAAAAAUGAGUAAAUAUAAUGAAGAUAGUAACGUGGUAAAGAAAUAUGUUUAAGUGUGGUGUUAUCUAUCCGUCCUCAAGCUUUUUCACCUCCAUCUUACACCAAGGCCAUUUAAAUGAAAUCUACCACUGACCUAUUUUUAAGUUUUUUAGGUUUGUAGUUUAGUAAUCAUAGUCCCCCACAUUCUACUUUGUUACAGUCAUUUGUAAAUGUUAUUAAAUAAGACUUUGUACCUUGUCCAAAAAAGCAGUGAUCAGUGCUUUGAGUUCCAUAGCGGGCUUUUUACCUGAUACAAAAAAGCACUCAUGAAUGUUUGGU